UUUUCAGUACGGCAACCCAGUUAAAUAUGAACGGUCGUGUCAGACGGAUGUAACUGGGCGAGCUUUUUCGCGUAAACUAAUUGAUUUCUUCUAAUUAAAUUACUGUGAAUCGUUGUGUUAGUAAUGCAAGUGUGAUGUGAGCCAUGAUAAAUUAUAUUGUGCAAAGAUUGACUAUAGUGACUUCAAAAUAGGGGGUGUAACAGUGGAACAAAAAUGGCUUCGGGCGACACGGAUCAUAUAGAAGUGAUGGAAUCCGGGAUAAAAAAGUCUGAAAUUGUAGCCCAGCCGUCGGGGUCGGAAGAUGAUGAUCGAGACAGGGUGUCGUUGGCUGAAAAAAUGGUGCCCUACGACCCGGCGGUGGGCCCCCUGGGUGCUAUCAGCAAGGUGCACAAAUCGGACCGGAAAAUCGGGCACCGGCGCGUCGGAGAGGGCGGAGAGAUCACCUACAAGAAGAUCCAAUCCUCACAGAUCAUGGGCUCCAUACAACUUGGAAUACAACACGCAAUCGGCGGUCUCGCAUCGAAACCAGAACGCGACUUGCUCAUGCAAGAUUUCAUGACAGUGGAGACCACCAACUUCCCCCACGAGGGCUCCAAUCACACGCCGGCGCACCACUAUUCAGAGUUCAAGUUUAAGACCUACGCGCCCAUAGCGUUUAGAUACUUUAGGGACCUGUUCGGGAUACAGCCUGAUGAUUUUCUAAUGUCUAUGUGCAGCGCCCCCCUACUCGAGCUCAGUAACCCGGGCGCGUCCGGCUCCAUCUUCUAUCUGACGAACGACGACGAAUUCAUCAUCAAGACAGUACAGCACAAAGAGGGCGAGUUCUUACAGAAGCUGCUGCCGGGAUACUACUUGAACCUCGAUCAGAACCCCCGCACGUUACUACCAAAGUUCUUCGGUCUCUACUGCUACCAGUGCAACAGUAAAAACGUGCGGCUGGUCGCCAUGAACAACAUACUGCCUUCCUCUGUCAAACUGCACCAGAAAUACGAUCUUAAAGGCUCCACGUAUAAAAGGAAGGCCAGUAAAUCGGAACGACAGAAAGGCUCCCGCGCUACAUACAAGGAUCUGGACUUUAUGGAACACCACACCGAGGGCAUUUUCCUCGAGGCGGAGACUUACAACGCGCUUAUAAAGACUAUGCAGAGGGAUUGCAGAGUGCUGGAGAGUUUUAAGGUGAAUAUUAUUAAGUGCUGGAGAGUUUUAAGGGCUUAUGCUACAUACAAGGAUCUGGACUUUAUGGAACACCACACCGAGGGCAUUUUCCUCGAGGCGGAGACUUACAACAGUUACAAUGCGCUUAUAAAGACUAUGCAGAGGGAUUGCAGAGUGCUGGAGAGUUUUAAGAUCAUGGACUAUUCCCUCCUAGUCGGCAUCCACAACCUGGACGAGGCGCAACGCGAGAAAACCGAAGCUAGAACCCGGACGGAAUCCGGACAGAGCGACGGAGAGGAAGACGGCAAUAAGAAGACCGGACUGAAUCGGACGAGAUGCGACACCGAGGACUUCAAAGCGCAAGUGAAAAGGACACAGUCGAUAAACAGACAGCGGCUCGUGGCGCACUCCACGGCGAUGGAGAGCAUUCAGGCAGAGAGCGAACCUAUUGAUGAAGAGGAUGAUGUGCCACCGGGCGGCAUUCCAGCGCGGAACGCGCGCGGCGAGCGACUACUACUCUUCCUAGGCAUCAUAGAUAUUCUACAGUCGUACCGGCUUCGAAAGAAACUGGAACACACGUGGAAAAGCAUGAUACACGACGGGGACACAGUGUCAGUCCACAGACCCAAUUUCUACGCUCAAAGGUUCCUCGACUUUAUGGCCAAGACUGUCUUCAAGAAAAUACCUUCGUUGGACCUGCCCGAGAUCAAAGGGAACCACCGCAAGUUCAGGACUCUGGUCACGAGCUACAUAGCGCUGAAACACUCUCCGUCGAAGAGGAAAAGCAUCAGCAAGCCAGUCAGGCCGCAGGAGGAGAUCGACACGCCAGGACGAAAGUACAACAAACCAAUCAAAGACUACAAUCCUGACUUGAUCAAGAACCGCCUAUCGCCUAGGUCUUCCCUAAGAUCUAGCCUCAGCGAUUUCACGGACACCACAAUAUCUACCUGGAAUCAGAGACACCCUCAAACUCCCACUGAGUACCCUUCAGUAUUAUCUGACAGACUCAAAAACUUAGACAGAGAUCGCUUCUUCCAGCGUAGAAUAGAUUUCGACACGUCAAACUUAAAUCCAAGAGAUCCUGGUCCGUCAUACUUAGACAACGUGUAUAGAGCUACAGUCCAAGAUAGGAUGGACAGUCUAUCCGCACAAUUAACAAAAGUACUCAGCACAGGUGCGGGCAGUUCUCAUAUAAACGGAAGCCUAGCCGACAGCGGAAUACAGACAGACAAUACUAGCACUAGCGUACCUCAAAUAUAUAUAGAAACUCAAGUACCAGGCAGUCCUGUCAAGAUUCUCAAAGACGCAGCGGUGGAUACUAGAAACGAAAAUAAUCUACAAGACAUACCUUUCAUAGAUGACGACGAAGAUUUAAGUAAAAGACGGUUCGUUCUAGAAAAACAUAAAUCCAUGUCCAACAUACCGGAAAAUUUAGAAGAUGAAACGGUAGUCGAGAGACUAUCGAAUAGCUACAAUCGAUCCAAAUCACCAUCUUUCAUAGAGAAAUUCAAGAAAUUCUUCACCGACAUCGGUCUAGUUAAAGCUGACAGCGCUGAUAUAACUACAGAAACCAGUAAUCCUAACACAUUACCUAAGAGUCUAAACUCUAGUUAUAGAACUAGAAGCGUAACACCUACCAGGAGUUUAGAACCGCGAGAAGCUUCAACGUUACCCAAAGACAUGAGAUUCAGGAAAGUACGGUCGACUCAAACUGUUUAUAUAAGACAAGAAUCUCCCGUAUCUAUCAAGAAAGACGCAGAACAACAAACUCACGUGUCGGUUGUCAAACUGAACGGAAACGAGUCCGAGGAAACUGAGAAGAUGAUUAGAGAUGUAGUUUAUAUUAAGAGUAUCGAAAAAGCCGAGAUAUAUAGCACUAAUGAUAGCGGUAGCACUAUUAUAGUAGUACCACCAGCUGAUUGUGCGGCCAGCUCAAGCGGCGUGGCCAGCAUGAAAGCAGUCUCACUGUCUGACGUCACAGCGCAUUUUACGCCAACUUCAGUGACGUCACCGGUGUCAACUGCAGCCAAAACAGUCCAGCAGACCGUUAAAACGAUAGCGGUCUCUGAGCCCGACGUAGCUUUCCCAGCUGUGUUAAAAGGCUCCACAAAACAAAGAGUGCCCCCGCCCGUUCCGCCCCGAGGCUCCCCUAAAGCGAAACGCGGUGGCGGCAACUCCCAAUCCAGUAUUGACGCAAAAGCCAUGCCGUCGUGUUGCUCGACCCCGCCGCCGCCGUUCGAGGAGCACCCGCCGCAGCGGACGAGCCGGACGAACUCGUCGUCCACCACGUCGUCCAGCGCGUCCGGCAGGCGGCGAGGGGCGUCCAGCGCGGCUAGCGUCAUGACGACUUCGUCCGCGUCGAGCCUCGCGCUUACGCCGGCCGCGUUGACUAGCGCUAGGAGCAAUGAAGCCAGCGUGUGCUGGACGCCGCCGGCGUCCGUCGAGGGCUCGACGCCUACCUGGACCGAGGGCACGCCGAGCUUCACCGAGUCCAGUAGCAGUGAACAAGGCAUGGGCACAGGCUACUCAAUAACCCCCCUCCGCGGCGCCACCCCCUCGGAAGGUCGGCGCUCCCCCCGCGCGCCACCGCCGCCCGCGCGCACCCUACCACCCACCACCAUCAACUGCCUCACUAGCGAAGUGGUAGAAAUCACGCAUCUAACGUCGGAGACAUCAAACAUCAAGAUAUCCACCUACGAAGUCCACCAAAUGGAAAGUGAACAGAAACUAUGUUGAAAAAAACACAUUUUUAGACAUAAUUUGCCUUUCACCCUUUUCCAGGCAUAGUAUGAUUUAUCGACCAUAUGCGUAUAUGGUCGAUUCUGGUAUGCGCCAAUUCUCUCAUAGAUUUUUUUCUUAUAUAAUGAUUAACACUUUACCAGGCUAAGGGAUAUAUAUUUCCCACAUAAGGCACUUCAAAUGUGUGUUCUAUUUUCGACGAGUAAGACUGAUAUUCGAUUGUCAUUUUUGAAAUGUCAGCCUGGUAAAGGGUUAUACUUGAAUGUUUGUAACUAGUAACUACCUACAUGCUUUUUGACAGCCGUAUAUGUUUUGUAUACCAUCCAUUGAAAUCUCAUUUUAGUAAUGUUGAAAAAGUUAAAGAAAUGCUCAGUAAGAUCUGCUUGUAUUAA